AUGCCUACAUUUGCCAAUUAUCCCUCUGCACUUCCCUAUCUUGACGAACUUCACAAGGAAGACCUGUUGGCCGAAUUAGUUAGCGGCCUUGAAGGUCAACGUACGCGUAGGAUCAAGCCAAAGCCAGAAAGCACAAGCAAUCCAUUCAUAAACUCUAUAAACCAUGCUGCCAAACUCAACCUUAUUCAAGAAGACAACGUUACAUACUUUUCCACUAGUGACCCUUGUUUGGAUCUUUAUUAUGCAUCCUAUAGAGUAUCCGACGACCGAGACUUACGGCGUAUGCUUGAGGCUGCAUGGGCGGCCGAUGUCGACUUGACGUUACACAUCAUUUUCUAUAUUCGGUCUAUUCACCGUGGACAGAGUUUGACAGCGCCGUUCAUGAGUGCCUUCAGUUGGUUGCUUCAGUAUCACCCACGUACAGCUCUGGCUAACCUGCAUGUGCUUGUGGAUGGAACAGUACGCACGGACGCUGCGCUCAAGGCACAGCAGAGAGAAGAACGAGACUUCAAGAGUCAUGGAUGUUGGAAGGAUCUCUGCACUAUCCUUACAAUCUAUGCUCAAGGUGAGCUUCGGGAAGCAAAGAAGGAUGCAGAAACCUAUAUCAAGAAAGGAGCCGAACACAAUGCAAAAGCCCAGGCUAAAGCAAAAGAAGCUAAAGCAAAUACACGUAGAGAGAGAAACGAACGCGUUACUAAACUAUUACAAGCUGAUCCUGUCUACCGAGCACUUCAUUUUACCAUUGCAAGAAUGUUCGCCAACCAACUCAAGACCGACAUGGCUCAACUUCAAAGGAACAAAGACGCUAUUGAGCAAGGUGUGCUGAAGGGACGACACGCUUUAGGGUUCAAUCUUAGUUUAGCAGGAAAAUGGGCGCCUUCUCUGUGCCGAUCUCAUGACAAACAUACUUUCCUGGCCACUUCUAUUGCCGAGCUCUUGUUUCCUCCCGAAAAACACCAAGACGAUGGCGAGACUCGCGAACACUACCUUAACAAGGUUAGAGACCUAUACCGCAAACAAUACCUGACUCCUCUCCGUGAUGCGUUGGAUAUAGUUGAACACUACAAAGCUGAAGGCAAAUGGAAGAAGAUUGAUUUUACACAUGUUCCAGCGAUAUGCUUGAAACACAACUGGGCACGAUUUUACAAGCACGCACCUUAUGCCGUAACAUCCUUUUUGAAUGGAUCCCCAUUAUAUGUAAAAAAAGCUAAAAGUGAGAAACGUACAACCUUUUCAUCCAACGCCUUACCAAGGAGAAUAAAGAUUAAAGGUGAAACAAUGCUUCCUGAAGACUAUUUGGCCAAUUUCUCCGAUCAUGAUGUUCCUAAAACAUUACAACCAAUAGCCAAGUUUACUUGCGAUGCUAAACAAAAAAUCUUGGAUAUCCAAACAGAAAUCACCAACAGACAAUGGGAACAUUUGAUUGAAAGUUUUCGCAAGACUUCUCUGUUGAAUUCCCGCAAGUCAAGUAAUACAAUCGAUCUUGGCGAAUGCAUUGUAGUCUGCAACUUAAAAGACACCAUGUGGUAUGAAAGCUCUUCAAAUUUCGUUCACCGUGGUGUCGCCCUUUCCUUGAUCAUUGCCAACCUUGCAAAGCCUCCUUUUGAUGGGUCUAUCAUCGCUUAUUCCAAUGGACCUACCGUCUUCAAGUUGGAUACAUCGCUUCCUUUUGAUGAACAAGUUCGUCAGGUCAUGCAGAGAGUGAAUGAUCCCAAUGAAUUUGAUACUAAAAGUGUAUUCACUGACGUCAUACUCCCACUUGCUGUCAAACACGAAGUCAAGCCUGAAGAUAUGAUCAAACGAGUUUUUAUUAUUACGGACAAGAACUUCAAUUUUGGUGAAACUGAAGCUAAAAAGUUCGAAACCGCCUUUGAUCUUAUCCGUCGCAGGUACCAUGAGGCUGGCUAUGAGGUCCCUGAAAUGGUCUGGUGGAAUAUUUCUGGCCGUGGUUGUUCCUCAAUGUAUAAUCUGGAUGCACCUGUAAAGAAGGACGAUGUUGGUGUCAAGAUGCUUGCUGGUCAUUCUGCAAAUAUACUCAAGACAUUCCUUGAUGGUGAUGAUAUAGAUGAGGAUACGGCUAAGCAAGAGACUCCAUUGGAUUUUGCCAGAAAAGCAGUGUAUCAUGAAAGCUUUAAGGAUCUUGUUGUUGUAGAUUAA